CAGAAGGGUGUGUGCGCACAUGAACCGCUCUUCCCCUUCUAUGUGGGUGCCACUAGCUACUGUGUCUCUCCAGCAGAGAAUAGGAAAGUUGAGGCAAAAUUUGACUCAGCACCAUCAACUUCCAAACACCCAGAGCAGACUCUGAUUUCUCUUUUUUUGUUUUUUACUAUUUUUUCCAUUUUUUUAUUUCUUCUCUACUCAUUUACUCUUUCCUAUUUUUUUCCACACACACUCAAACACACACCAACUAUCCCUCGUGGUACUCUAGAAGGAGGAAGACAGGACUAAAGCAGAACUGUUAUACGCCUUUACUUCUACCUGCUCCGCCAUUACCAGACGCUUUGCCCAGGAUGUGGACUUUUCUGUUGGGGGUCAUCUUUGGAUUACUGGCCUCCUCCAGGUCGGACCAGCUUCAAGUGAAUUCCCGCAGCUGCAGCUUUGCUGGCGUGUUCAUCUCUGAGGGAGCAGGCCGUCACUCACUGGACUUCAACAUGUCAGCAAAGGUGUGUGAGCAGCUAGACAGCACCAUGGCAAGUCCAAACCAAAUCCAGCUGGCCUAUGAGAAAAAAAUGGAAACCUGCAGGAAAGGUUGGAUGAAUAAUGGGAGCGUCGCCAUCCUCAGACAGAAGGCUCAUGAAAACUGUGCAAAGAACUUGACUGGGUUAAUUAUGUCUUCCAAUCUGAAUUAUACAGAUCUCUUCGAUGUCUACUGCUAUGAUGAAAAAGAUGGACCUGGGAAGAACUGUAGUAAGAAAUUCAUCUUCACUGAACCAUUACAGGCAGAUGCACCAGCUGAGACUUCACCACAGCCCCAGACUCCAACUGCAACAGAAACUCCAGAAUCACAGUCUGAGAACACUCCCGAUACCGAGACUGACAACUUUAAUACGAUCCGUCAGGAAGAGGAAGGAGAAGAGGAGGUGGGGGGAAAACACACAACUACACCAGCAAUCAUCAUUUUUUCCGAGGAACCAAAAGUCAGCACUGAGGUUCCUGAUGAAGGGAGCCCCCUUGGAGGGAAUGACAACGGUACCCUGGAUCCCCUUUUCACUGAUAAGGAGCUCGAUCAAGAUGCUGGAUCUGGGAUGCACCCUCUGUCUGAGGAGGAAGGAGCUGCUCCACUGUCCACUGUUAGGGUACCAGAAAUAACACAACGUCCCAUGGAAAGAGAGAAAGAGACUGAGAAGCCUGUGGAAGAAAUCAAAGCAGAGUUUCCACAACAAGAACAUAAUGACCAGGGACGGGUCCUGGGCCCUGUGAACGAGCAGCCGGAGAGCAACAGUUCAUCAAACUGGCUGGUAAUUAUUGGAGUGAUUGUGGCAGUUGCUGCUAUUCUUCUUAUAUGUGCAGCUGUCGCAAAAAGAAAAAGCUGGUGCGGCAGGCAACAAACCCUGAUGAUCACAGCCAAGGAAGGAGGCGAAGGGAACGGGACAGCAGCAGCAGCAUCCAGCUCCCACAACCAGGACACAGAGCAGGAAAUGGUGACCCUCAUGAACAAGGAGAAUAUCCAGGAGAAUGGCAACACAGAGGAGUUCACUGUCAUCACACUAGAGGAGUCACCAGAUAAAGACCAGCAAGCAUGAGAGGGUUGAGAGUAGACAGAGGAGGGAAGGAGCUGGUGAGGGGCAGUUAGGAGAGUAGACAGGUUAAGAUUUGAGCUUCAAUAAAACUGGGGUUAUAAACUGCUUUUAUAGGCCAACACUGAAUAACUGAGAAAGGGUGUGUGAGUGUGUUAUUUAGAGAUUUUGUCUGAGGUAAACAGUACAGUAUAAAAACUGUUACCUCUCAGUGGGACCAGGUCCGUUACAUCAGCAUGUGCAGCAUCUUGUUUGUAUGCUUAGUUAGGUCUAAAAGGAGGUCACCCGGAUGUGGGAAUGUUUUUUUUUUUUUUAUUUUAUGUCAGCUUAUGAAUUUAUAUGUUUUUUUUAAAUAUAACAAUGGCAACGUUUAGGCUUCAAAAGAUGGGUCUGGGAAGAUUUGUGAAGAAAGUAUUGGUGACAAAUUCACAAAUUUUCCUUCUCUUAUAGAUUAAGAUAAUCCUAAAACUUUGAGUUGUUUGGCUUAGAUGGCAAAUAAUAAAUCAAAAUUAUUUUAUCUGAGAUUUUAAGAGAACAAUAACUGGUGUCCAGUAUUUUUUAUGUUGUUGUUACCUGCAUAUUUCAGACUUUGCCUGUGGACAGAAUUUUCCAAUUUAAAAAAAGCUAGCAAGGUCACUUUCUUAAACAAUGACGCUUUGAUUCUCUUUUUCUCAUAUCUGUAUAUAAUGUAUAUCUUUAAAGCUGCCAGUGCUUUUUGUUAUUUGGUAGGAGGGGGCUUUGUCCCUUUCAAGUGAAGGAACGUGUCUUUGUUUGAGUCUUAUUUAAUAAGAGAUUUUACCUCAGAGGUAAAUGUUUCUGAAUGGAUUUUGUAAUAGUCAAAGUGAAGUGUAUAUUUAAUAUGAAUCAGCUUAAUGUUUAAAUUCCAAAAUUGUGCAAUUUAUACACCACUGACAUGAGUAAAUAUUAUGUUAUGGUUGGGAAUAUGAUUUAUCUUGAGGUAAUCCUGAAGAAAAGAACAAUUAAAAUGAUGAUUUGCUGUAUACAUAUUAUAUGUAUAUGCUGACAAUGAAAAAAAUAAUGAUUGAAAGAAAGAUUUGCAUUACAUCUCUGGCACAUUAAUCAUUUUUAAGGCAAAUUUAAGCUCAGUUAUGAUGUGACUAAAGGAGGUUUUGUUGUUGAAACUGGACUAAACAGUACGUCCCAUAAUGGGGGACUCGAAUGCUGUAAACCCCCCGCAAUGUUAAAGGCUUCUUCAUGAGAAAAAAACACUGUAUAUUCCCUGAGAGAUGGGAAGUGAUGAAUGAAGCGUGUGAAAAGAGACAAAGAGUGUGUGCUUGCUCAAAUCAUGUGUGGCAUUGCUCUUAACAUUCGAACUUGUAAACAAAAUACUGCGGUUUUUUCUACUGAUCUUCUCGUAGGCUGAAUGUAUCAUACAUUGUGUCAUGUCAAUGCUAUUCCCUGUGUGACAGCUAAUUUUUCUCUUUUUUGUGCCUGAUUAUCACCAUGAAACUCAACUAUAUACAGUUACUGCAAGAACCUUUUCCUACUUGUUCCAUUUUUUUCUCUGCUUUUAGGAAACAUAGCAAAAUGAAAUAAAUCAGUAUAGAUGAA